AUGGAGCCAUCCCAUCCACCAAACCCAAAUCCUUCCUCUCUCCUCUGGGCGCACCAAAUCCGCCGCGAACACAUCCACCUCGUCCAUCAGAUCGACACGCUGAAGGCCGAUCUCGCCGUCGCUACUGAUACCAUGAAUGACCUGAGACAUGACCUUGAGGCACUCACCAGCCAGGUCGAGGACACUAAACAAUGUAAUGCUCAAGUAGAGGGGACUCUUCUUCGAUUGGAAGAUCGGUUGAAUGAACAAUUACACACAAUACUCGAGCGGAUGAAUGGCCUCGAGACGGAGAACGGGCUUCUGAAGACAAGGGUCGAGGUUCUUGAAGCUGAGCGUCAGCAUGCAGGGGAGCACCGUGAGCGCGAAUCAAGCGGCAUAGUGUCCCAGAGGCAGAAAACGACGACGGCUCGACAGCCCACGGUCUUGAGAAUCGCAUGCGAGAACGGGGUGUUUAAGCGUGCACGGAGUCGUGGGUCGUUAGAUUCGGAUGCAAAUACCGGUCAGUAUACUCGGUUUAAGGACGGGUUUUCUUUAGUUUCGAUCCUCGCUCCCGACUCAAUGCCUGCCAACGAGUCCUCGCCUCUUCCGCUCCUGCGUCCGCAGGACUUCGUACGCUCGCUCUCCGAAACAACCUUGACUUCUUCUUACGUCUCCAGAGACGGAGGGACGCAUGACAACAUAGUGCAGGCGCGAAGUGCUAAUACCAAUUCAAACCAGGGUGGAACAGGCCGGACUGAUCCACUCACGAAGGAGAAGCGAAGCCGUCUUGCUGAUUUCUGGACUAGCAUCAGUUCUGUAUACAUGACCCGGCCGUACCGAUUCCCCGAGAAUUGCUACGUGCGUGGAUUCGUGCGGUCGAUCCAAGAUACCGAUACGAGGGUGUUGUUGGAGGCACGGUGUCGUGAUACGGGAUGUUGCUCGUGGGAUGGGUUAAAGGCUCUGGUGCAUGAGAUUACCGGCGAGAGCGAGGAUGAUGCUGCAGUUGGUGAGCGUGCUAUGCAGCCUGGGUCUGACAUUCAACAGGCUACCACGGGGAAUGGCAACCCGGCCAAGCCGACACUGAAGAGGAAGAGAUACAUUGCCAUUGUGCCGCCUGACCAGGAUGAACAGCUCGUGAUUGAUGCGUAUGGGCGGGGAUGGCCCGGUGUUUCAUGA